AUGGGCCUCCCCCUUUCCAGGUUCCCCUUACCGCCAUCACCAGCCCGGCACCAAGAGCGGCCCGGCGACACCCAGAGCACCGCUCACGGCCCCGCCACGCGCGAGGUGCCUCACCACGUAGCGCGGACGCUCAACUACCUCAAGGAGUCGGUCUACGUGGUGGAGCAGUGCGCGGCGCGCAUCGUGACGCUGCCGCGAAGCCAACGACCAGGGGCCGACAGCGACGCGUGGAGCGCGUCGGACGAGCAGGAGUGGGAGGAGAGCUGCGAGGCGGUCCGCAGCAUGUACUGGAACUUGUGCGGGACCCUGUGCCACUUGAGGCUGCUCCACGGGGAAGUCGCCCUGUAUAUUUAG